AUGGCCGGUAUUGAAGUCACAGCAGUACGUGCUGCAAUAUCGACAACGUUGAAUGUUGUGGUCAACAAGUUAGCUCCACCAGUAAUCGAGUGGUACAGCUCUGUAGACGGUGUGGCAGAAGAUCUCCAGGAGCUCCUAGAUCUAGUUAAGGAGAUCAAAAGGUGGUUGGACACAUCAGGAUAUGAAGCUAUGGUGAGUGACACGUCAUUUAACUGGCUCAAAAGAUUAAAAGAGGUUGCUUACGAUGUCGAUGAUAUUGUCGAUGAAUUCCAGCUGAAGGCUGAGAAACAUUCACUGCUGGCCAGCAAGAUCAAGAAAAUCAAAAGAAGAUUUGCUGCUGUUGUGAAGCAAAUAACAGAAUUCACUGCAGUGGCAAACAGUAUAUCAGUAGAUCCUCCUGUUCGGCCUAGAAACAUGAGAACUGGGGAGAUAUCAUCAUGGCCUGACAUUGAUGUGACAUCAGUAGUCGGAAGAGUUGAAGACAAGAAGCAAAUAAUAUCCAAGCUGGAAGAGAAUGAUGUUCAGCAGAAAAUCAAGAUAAUUUCCAUCCUCGGGCUUGGAGGUUCUGGGAAAACUACUUUGGCUAAACUGGUUUUCAAUGAUGAUAAAAUUAAAAAGCAUUUCAAAGUUACUCUAUGGGUUCAUGUGUCACAAGAAUUUGAUGUUGACAAGCUAGUCAAAAAAAUGUUCGAAGCUUUUGCCGACAAUAAUCCAGGGCAGCAUGGCAUGCCAUAUAUGAAAAAACCAAUCUCGGACAAGUUGAUUGGAAAGAGGUUUCUUCUUGUAUUGGAUGAUGUUUGGAUUGAGUCCCAAUUUCACUGGGGAAAAAUCAGUGAGUUUCUCAUCAAUACUGGUGCACCAGGAAGCAGGAUUUUACUAACUACUCGCAGUAGUAAAGUUGCAGAAACAGUGGGAUCCACGGAUCCAUUUAAGUUGCCACUGUUAUCUGAGGUUAGCAGCUGGCAACUUUUCAUGGAAAGUUAUGGAAUGGCUGCAAACAAUUUGGGCUCUGAAUUUCUUAAGGCUGGAAAAGAGAUCGUGGGUAAAUGUGGCGGAGUGCCAUUGGCAAUUAAAGUUCUUGCAGGUGUUCUUCGUGGCAAGGAACAUAUAGAUCAGUGGAAGGCCACGAGAGAUAGCAAUUUACUAUAUGUUGAGGGUGAAGAACAUAGAGUAGCUGCAUGCUUGAUGCUGAGCUAUUUUCAUUUGCCAUCUCAUCUGAAGCAGUGCUUCACAAUAUGUUCUGUGUUUCCUAAAGGCCACAGGAUUGAUAAAGACCAACUGAUUGACCUCUGGAUUGCUCAUGACAUGAUCACUGUCGAGGAUGGUGUUGAUUACUUGGAUUAUGUUGGCCAUAAGUGCUUUAAUUCUCUAGUGCAAAUGUCUUUCCUACAAGAUGUGGAAGAAGAAGAUAGGAGAGUGAGAUGCAAGAUGCAUGAUUUGGUUCAUAUCUUGCCCGAUCGAUCUUGGGUGAUGAAGUUUCAUCUGUAG